UGGUCAUACCGCCGGCGCCUCGCAGAAACGAUACGUAUUAAAUAAACCAAAUCUCGAAUUCAAGACGCACCACGUGCAGCAAAAGGCAAAUAAACGGCGCAAUUGUUGCUCGGAGUGGCUCAGAUAACGGUAUAUUAAGUGGCCAUCGCGAAUCAAUUAGGGCCCAACGAUAAUCCGCGAGAUUUUGUGAUCCCAAAGUUCGAGAUUCGAGACGAAAAAGAUGAAAUACAUCCUGGUCACUGGCGGCGUCAUCAGCGGCGUGGGCAAAGGUGUGAUAGCCUCCUCGUUUGGAACCCUCCUGAAAUCCUGUGGUCUGGAUGUCACCUCGAUAAAGAUCGAUCCCUAUAUCAACAUUGAUGCUGGAACCUUUUCGCCUUAUGAGCAUGGUGAGGUUUACGUUUUGGAUGAUGGCGCCGAGGUGGAUCUGGAUCUGGGAAACUAUGAAAGAUUUCUGGAUGUCACCCUGCAUCGGGAUAAUAAUAUAACCACGGGCAAGAUUUACAAGUUGGUGAUUGAAAAGGAGCGUACUGGCGAGUACUUGGGCAAAACCGUUCAGGUUGUCCCACAUAUCACGGAUGCCAUCCAGGAAUGGGUGGAACGUGUAGCCCAGACACCUGUUCAGGGCUCCUCGAAGCCACAGGUGUGCAUCGUAGAAUUGGGAGGAACCAUCGGUGAUAUCGAGGGCAUGCCCUUUGUCGAAGCCUUCCGUCAGUUUCAGUUCCGCGUGAAGAGGGAGAACUUCUGUUUGGCUCACGUAUCGUUGGUUCCAUUGCCCAAGGCCACCGGUGAACCAAAGACAAAGCCCACUCAAAGUUCGGUUAGGGAACUUAGGGGUUGUGGCCUGAGUCCCGAUUUAAUAGUCUGUCGAUCGGAGAAACCCAUUGGACUGGAGGUCAAGGAGAAGAUCAGCAACUUCUGUCACGUGGGUCCGGAUCAGGUUAUAUGCAUCCAUGAUCUGAACUCCAUUUAUCAUGUACCUCUGCUUAUGGAGCAGAAUGGAGUCAUUGAGUACCUCAACGAGCGACUCCAGCUUAAUAUUGACAUGAGCAAGAGGACUAAAUGUCUCCAGCAAUGGCGUGAUUUGGCCCGUCGCACGGAAACCGUUCGUCGCGAGGUUACCAUUGCCGUUGUGGGCAAGUACACCAAGUUUGCGGACUCGUACGCCUCUGUGGUGAAGGCCCUGCAACAUGCUGCCCUUGCUGCAAACCGCAAGCUGGAAAUAGUCUUUAUUGAAUCAUGCCAGCUGGAGGAGGAAACUCUGCAGUCGGAGCCGAGCAAAUACCACAAGGAGUGGCAGAAGCUGUGCGAGAGCGAUGGCAUCCUGGUGCCCGGUGGUUUUGGUUCUCGUGGCAUGGAGGGCAAAAUCCGGGCAUGCCAAUGGGCGCGAGAGAAUCGAAAGCCAUUGCUGGGCAUCUGUUUGGGUCUGCAGGCGGCUGUGAUUGAAUUUGCCCGCACCAAGCUGGGUCUUAAGGAUGCCAACACCACGGAAAUCGAUCCGAAUACAGCCAAUGCCUUGGUCAUCGACAUGCCAGAGCAUCAUACGGGUCAAUUGGGCGGCACCAUGCGUUUGGGCAAACGAACUACGGUCUUCGCUGAAGGUCCCAGUGUCAUCCGUCAGUUGUAUGGUAAUCCCAAGACGGUGGAGGAGCGACAUCGGCAUCGUUAUGAGGUGAAUCCCAAAUAUGUACCCAGGCUGGAGGAGCAGGGCAUGCGAUUUGUGGGCACCGAUGAGGACAAAACGAGGAUGGAAAUCAUUGAGCUGAGUGGUCAUCCGUAUUUCGUGGCCACGCAAUAUCAUCCGGAGUACUUGUCGCGACCCCUGAAGCCAUCGCCGCCUUUCCUCGGCCUGAUCCUGGCCUCCGUGGAUCGGUUGUCUCAAUAUAUUCAGCGCGGUUGCCGGCUGUCGCCCCGCCAGCUCUCCGAUGCCUCAUCGGAUGAGGAGGAUAGUGUUGUGGGCUUGGCUGGUGCAACGAAAUCCUUAAGGUCCUUGAAGCUUCCCGGCACACCCAAAAAUGGAAUUUCAAAUGGCUGCAAUGGUAGCUCCAGCACUUCCGACGGCGAAGGCGCUUGCGGAGGUGUUGAUCUUACCAACGGCCAUUAGUAAAGUUGUGAACGGUAUCCUAAGCCUGGAAGAGUUUAAGAUCCGCUUAUCAGCUGUGCUCCUGUUGUUGCAAUCUCCAAAAGAUUGCGCCAACAGGAGCAAUUCUGGAUGUGUAUAAUAGGGUGUUGUCGAUUUAAACAUUUUUAUGUUUUAUUGAAGUGGCAUAAAGUAAUCCAAUAUAUUUUCCUUU